AACUUUUGUGGGCCUCUCUCUCUCUCUCUCUCAACCUUCUCUCUCUUCCCUUGUCGGCUUUAGGUUUCUUCUCCGGGAGGUACUUUCGAACGCCGGGAAGCAAAACGGUGACCGACUUAAUCAUUUACCCUUCAAGUCAAUGAGAAAAUGCUCCUUAUUUUAAACGUGUUAAAGAUCCACCAUACCCAAACAACAACAAGCUACGUUUCCUCCUCAUUCUCUCCCACUGCUUUCUCACCCUCGCCGCCAUGUCAAGAUUUUUAAUCUUUAGAAUCGUUGGAAAACAAAAGGAAUAUCUUUUAUCAAAUCAGAAAGAGAGGGGAAGCUAUAGAAGUGCUGUUACUGCUGCUCUAAGGUCGCCUCAGUUCAGAGUUUACACUUCCCCCUCUAGGAUUCCGAGUAAUGGGCUUUGUAAAGGAAGCUUUUUGAGUAAUCACCUGUCGCGCCGUUGUUGUUCUACUACAAGAAAUGUACUGACUCAUCAUGCUUGGAACAGGCUUCACCGCCAAUGGAACUUACCUCGCAUAAACACCAUUGCUCAAGCCUUCUGCUUGUCUCUCACCCGUUCACACCUCUUAAUCCCCGGCAUCGCUGCUGUCACUUGUGGAAAAGUAGCAUGGGCGGCGCAACGACCUCCCUUGGAUCCCUAUCCUUCGCAUAAAUCACUCUACACAAGGGCCAAGAACGGUCCCAUCUUUCUCACUUCGUUGUUGUUUUCGGUUAUAGAGGGUUUUAUUCUGAUAGGGAGAGCUUUUUACAUAGCUUGUUUGUUUACUCCUAGUGUCCUGAUGGGUCUGGUUGUUGAAGUGUGUGGGCCACGGUUUAGGAAAGUGUGGCUUGAGAUGGUUCAUCGAACUCUCGAAAGAGCAGGUCCUGCUUUCAUCAAAUGGGGUCAAUGGGCAGCCACCAGACCUGAUCUCUUCCCUCAGGAUCUAUGCUCACAGCUCUCGAAGCUUCACAGUGAUGCUCCUCAGCAUAGCUUUGCGUACACCAAGAAAACCAUCGAGAAGGCGUUUGGACGUAAACUCUCCGAGAUAUUCGAGGAGUUUGAAGAGGCGCCGUUAGCAUCAGGGAGCAUUGCGCAAGUCCACAGAGCUUCCUUGAGGUUUCAGUAUCCAGGGCAAAAGUCUAAGUCUUCUUUAGUUGCUGUUAAAGUUAGACAUCCAGGCGUAGGUGAAUCUAUCAGGAGAGACUUUGUGAUAAUCAACUUCGUGGCGAGGGUAUCGACUUUGAUCCCUGCUUUGAAAUGGCUGAGACUGGACGAGAGCGUGCAGCAGUUCGGUGUCUUCAUGCUCUCUCAAGUCGAUCUGGCGAGGGAGGCUUCUCAUUUGAGUAGGUUCAUAUACAACUUCAGGAGAUGGAAAGAUGUCUCUUUCCCUAAACCUGUGUAUCCGCUUGUGCACCCUGCUGUUCUGGUGGAGACGUAUGAGCACGGAGAGAGCGUGGCGCGUUAUGUUGAUGGCAUGGAUGGACAUGAGUGGAUUAAAACUAGAUUGGCUCACAUUGGGACUCAUGCUCUCUUGAAGAUGCUCCUGGUUGAUAACUUUAUUCACGCUGACAUGCAUCCGGGGAAUAUUCUUGUCCGGAAAAAGGCGUCUCGUGGGGGGCUUUUCAAAACGAAGAAGCCACACAUCGUUUUCCUUGACGUGGGGAUGACUGCAGAGCUCUCAAAGAACGACAGAGAGAACUUGCUUGAUUUUUUCAAGGCGGUUGCGCUUAGGGAUGGCAGGACUGCUGCUGAGCGAACACUUAAGUUAUCUAGAAAGCAGAACUGUCCCAAUCCAGAGGCUUUUAUUGAGGAAGUAGAAGAAGCAUUCAAGUUCUGGGGAACCGCUGAGGGAGAUUUAGUACAUCCAGCAGAUUGCAUGCACGAGUUACUUGAGAAAGUAAGGCGCCAUAGAGUUAAUAUCGAUGGGAAUGUGUGCACUGUGAUGGUGACAACACUAGUUCUCGAGGGAUGGCAACGGAAGCUUGAUCCAGGAUAUGAUGUGAUGCACACGCUGCAAACAAUGGUGCUGAAAACGGACUGGGCUAAGUCUCUUUCUUAUACGGUGGAUGGUCUGAUGGCACCGUAGGAGAAUAAAAGGUUUCCAUCUUUUUUCCAAAUGUUGUUUGUCAUCAUAAUAGGAGUUGACAGGUUUUACACAUCUUAGAUGAGAGAACAUAGAAAGAAAGUUCACGUUCUUGUUUAUUUUUCAUUUUUUUUUUUUUCUCCUUUUUGCUUUUUGUUGGUAUGGAUUUUGGUUCAUUCUAACUCCGUCAUAGAUUUGUAUUUACGCGGUUGGUGUCCUGUAUUAACCGCCCGUUUUGUUCUCUGAACCGAAGAACAGUGAACAUAAAACAAUUAAAAUGACUGCCUGAGGAUGGUCCAGAGAAUUUGAAUAAAGUGUUCACGUC